AUGCGCAAGUUUCUGGAGCAGCAGUGUGACCUCCUCCCCCUGAAGCUGCUUGUGCCCCAGUGCCACCAUGCGCUCAACGUCUACUACCAGCUGGUCAUCGACUACUUCCAGAGCCAGAUUAACCCCAAGGGCAUCUGUGACUACGUGGGCCUGUGCAAAUCCAAGCGGCCUGAGCCAGGGCAGGAGCCUGAGCUGCCGGACCCUCUGCUGGACAGCCUGGUCCUCUCAGUGAUGCCCGGGGGUCUCCAGAGAGGAGCUGGGCCUCACACUCAGGACCUCUUGGGGCAGCAGUUCCCCAUCCCCCUACCCUUCUGCUGGCUCUGCAGGACCCUGCUCCGGCGGGUGCAGGCUAUGAUCCCCAAGGGUGUGCUGGCCGUGGCUGUGGGCCAGGUGUGCCACGUGGUGCCCCUGGUGGUGGGUGGUAUCUGCCAGUGCCUUGCUGAGCGUUACACGGUCAUCCUGCUCGAUGCCCUACUGGGCCGCGUGCUGCCCCAGGUGGUCUGCGGCCUCGUGCUCCGCUGCUCCAGCGCUGACAGCCUGGAUGAAGCCCCCGGGGCUCUGGAGCCCCCACCGGGAGAAAGGCUGCCACAAGACCCGGAGUGCCACCUCUGCAUGUCCCUGAUGGCCCAGGCCGGGAACAGCACAGGGCAGGCCACACCACAGGCCAUGCUCCAGGCCUGCCAGAGCACCGGGCCCAACAGGCAGAAGUGUGAGCAAUUUGUGAAGCGGCACACACUCCACUUGCUGACCCUGGUGUCCAGGGACUGGGAUGCUCAUACCACCUGCCAGGCCCUGGGAACAUGUGCAAACCCGCUCAACCUUCUGCAGUGUCUCCACUUCUGAUGGGAACGCUGAGCCAGCCAGGCCAGGCGGCCUGCUUUCUGUUCCUUGGUUGGACUCCAGGUGAUUCCACUUCCGCUGGGAUUCAUCCGCUCAGAGCUCAGUUGGG